ACAACCAUUCUUGCUUGGCACUCGCUACUCUCAGCGAGAUAACUCGCACUCGCGCAGUGCUGUGCCUGUAAUAUCACUUCAAGCGUACGGAACUGAAGGCAUCCUGCAUACCUGCGUUCCCUGAAACAGGUUCAUGGCGCAAUUUCGGCACAGCGCGGUACCGGCCAGCACCGGCUGCGACGAUGAAGACAUGAACUCUGAUCGGCCGCAUGGGCAUCGCAAAUCGAGAACACAAGCCGCUUAGUCUUCAUCUCGAGUCCAACCCUCAAGCAUUCUCGUCGACACAAGUCCUCGACUUUGCAGGCUCAAGCGCUCACUGGACGGCAAGACGGCGGCAGUAUGGGCGUCCCGGGACUUUGGCCGAAUCUGGUUCCCUCUGCGCACAUUCCGCUCUGCAGGCUGGCUGACGAGCUUUUGAUCUGCGAUAAUCGAGAGGAAAACGCAAAGUCUCGACCAGCUCUGAUCGUCGGUAUCGAUGUCUCGGCAUGGCUGUAUCACGCCACCUCGUCUCAAGGCGGUGCCAACGCCGCUUUACGUCUUCUUCUUUUCAGACUGCUGCGCCUGUUGAUGGUGCCCAGGCUUCGACCGGUCUUUGUGUUCGAUGGAGCAGGUCGGCCUCGCAUGAAGCGAGGCGCGUCCCGCCAUGCGCAAGAUUGGUACGGCAUCGAUGCCCUCAAGAAGCUGCUGGACGCGCUGGGCAUGCAGUGGAUCGUAGCGCCUGGCGAGGCUGAGGCCGAGCUCGCUCAACGCUGCAUCGUUGGAGUUGUGGAUGCGGUGUUGAGCGACGAUGUCGACUCGCUCGUGUUUGGUGCAUCCAUCGUGAUUCGCAACUGGAGCUCGGGUAUUUCCCUUCGUGGAGAACAGCGUGAUGACGUCUCGCAAGCUCCCGCUUACUCCUGUACGCCCUCGGAGGUGGAAGAGCAUCCAAGCAGCAGUUCAAGCCGAACCGCUUCCCCACGCAAGCGUGCCGGGUCACCCAGCAAGAAGAAAGCAACGGCUGCUACUGGCUCUGCUGCAUCUGUCGCGUGUUUUCGCACGGCAGACCUGGCGCUGGAUCGGGAGGGCUUCAUACUCGUCGCGCUGAUGGCGGGUGGAGACUAUGACGUCAAAGGUCUGGUUCGCUGCGGCGCCAAGAUUGCGAUGGGGUUGGCAGCCGCAGGCUUUGGCUCUCUGCUGGUGCAGGGAUUCGAGGAGCAUUGCAUUCGACCAUUGCGGAGUGCAUACGCGCCGGCCCAAGGGCUUCCUGCGCCGAAAACAAAGGCUAGCUGGGGCGACUUCAGACGUCGGUGGAUCGCUUCUCUGCGCGAUGAGCUGCGCACCAAUGCGACAGGAAUGCUGCCAAAGCGAUACAAGGUUCUGGCAGACUCGCAAGAGAUGGAUGAGCUGCUGGCCACGCCGCAGGCUUUGGCAGUACUCGCCAGCUACGUGUGGCCACUUGUCAGCGAAGCAAUCGAGGCUGCACAGGAUCGCGAUGAUGGUGCGAACGAGAUGAUCGAGCAACCGCAGCUUGCAACGAUGCCUGAUCUCGCGCACCUCGUCAAAAUUCUGCGCGUCGAAAUGCUCUGGGGAGAGGAAGCUUGUUUGAGGCGCUGCCGCAGUCUGAUCUGGGAAGGCAUCAUUGUACGGCAGCUGGAAGCAGAUUCGGAUGGGCAGUCGAGGGCGCCGGAGAGCAUGCCCGAAACAACAGUGUCCGUGACAUUUGCGCGCCAGCAGCGCGCAAGGCCGCUCUACGACUCUCCCACUGCGACGAGGAUCUCCGACUUCUUCGCAACUUCGGCACGAAUUAACAGUGAUCCUCCACAUCUGGGCCCAGAGGCGCGAGACGAGACGCCAUCACGCCGGGAGUUCAGCGCGUGUAUUGCCAAGCUCUGCGGAAUACACUCGGCUCGCGAUGGUCCUAGCGGAAAAGAGAUUCGGACGGAGUGGGACGUGACCGAUCUUCUGGCUUGUGCGCGCCAAGCUAUCGGCGAUUCGGAACAUGACUGGCGCGCAGCUCUGGCGCAGCGUCGAAGGCUUGGAGACGAUGCGCCUUAUACAAGCGGUACCGAGGAAGCUGUCAGCGAUAAGCCUCUCGAUUCCGACUCGGAGACGUGGGAGAGGACGCAAAGGCCUGCAAAGCAGAUCGACCACUCCGCCACGUUGCGAUUGUGGCUGCCUCUAGAGCUGUUGGAACGGAGCUCCUGUACCCGCUUGGCUCUGCGCACUUGGCAAGCCCAGCAGCGUGAGAAGAGUGGAAAGGCUGCAGACGCUGCUCAGCGAAGGGCCGAGCGAUCUGCCAAGGAGCUCAGAGACAAGGCUGGGCAGCGUAGCGUAGCUGACUUUUUUGGCGCUUCAAAGGCGAAGUCGGUUAUCGCUGGUCCGAGCACGGUCGGCUCACCGUCCAAAUCUGUUCGACGCGGAGCUGCUGCGCUCGCUUCGAGCACCCGACCGAUCGAGCGUACUGGCUCAGAAGCGUCCUCGGACUCAACAUCUAGCUCGCGGCGUGCGGCGAAGACAUCUGAUGCUGGCCCUCUCGGCCGUGCUCAAUCCAAAGCGCGUAGCGUAGCCAAAGACAACAGCGAUUUGGCGUCGAGCACGCCGGACAGACCCUUGACAGACGCCGAGCUGGCAGCUAUGUGGACUCGGUCACCGAGUCCUGCUACUCGGCGGGCAACGGACCUUCUAUUGAGUGAAUCAGGCUGGCUCGAGGAUCAGCAUUCGAAUCGUUUUCAAAGCCAGACACUUGUUUCAGAGCGUUCCAGGUCAGAUACCGAGGCAAAUGACGCUCAGCCGAGCAGAUCACCUAGGAUCUUCACGCGAACGCCUCCGCGCAGCUCUUCGAAGCCACCGCAGCGCCUCUCACUCACGCCUCGCGCGGUAGGAGAGAUCAGUACAGAUCUCGACGAAAGCUUGCCAAGUCCUUCCACAUUGCUGCUGCCAACGAGCCGGGCUCACCGCCUUCAGAGUACAGCGAAAUCUGCGCGCAGCUCAUCACCGCCGCACAAGUCGCCUCGCAAGACGAAAUUGCAAGAUUCGCCACGUCGUGAAGCUGGCGCUGCGUCCGCAUCUCGAAGAGCGCAGAGAGACGCGGACGAGAGGAGUGGGGCUACCAGCUUGCCUUCUCGCAAGGCUCUUGCGGAGGUUGACAGCGAUGGAGAGGAGGAGGAGGAGGAGGAAAAUAAUAGCGUGGUCUUUGUUAAAGCGCCUUCGCAACCGAUCUUCAGAUCUGAAGGUACGAGAGCAGGACGCAGAGGAAAGGUUCGCGCUCGUCUUUCUCAGGCUAUCUUGCUCGACUCGGACUCGGAGCAGUGAUUGCUCGCCGUCUGCGAUGACUCGACAUCGCCUCGCCUUGCUCCUUUUGAACCUUGACAGUCUUCGUUUGCUCCCUAACGACCUACUGACUUGGCUUGCUCUUGUGGGUCUACGCUCUGUAUCAUAUUUUCUGUCACGCGUUUUGCCAAUGGAUCAGCAUCCGC